CCAAGUACCUUCAGCAUGCAUGAGGAAGAAAUAUAUACUUCUCUUCAGUGGGACAUUCCUACCUCAGAGACCUCUCAGAAGUGUCUGUCCCCUAGCAAAUGCUCAGGAACAUGGUGUGCUGUGACAGUGAUUUCCUGUGUGGUCUGUGUGGGCUUAUUAGCAACAUCCAUUUUCUUGGGCAUCAAGUUCUCCCAGGUGUCCGCUCUUGUCAUGGAGCAGCAGGAAAGACUCAUCCAACAGGAUACAGCCUUGCUGAACCACACACUGCAGCUGAAAAACUGCCAAGCCUCACUACAAAGAUCUCUCCGUUCGGUAACUGCAGACCUUGUCCACACAACUGGAUUCAGAAUGGGAAAAGUUGUUACUAUGUCUUUGAACGCUGGGAAACGUGGAACAGCAGUCAGAAGAAUUGUUUAGAAGAGGGCGAUAGUCUCCUUCAAAUAGACAGCAAAGAAGAAAUGGAGUUUAUCAACCGCAAUAUGUGGAAGCUCAAAGGAGGAGAUCAAUACUGGGUGGGAGUGUUUCAAGAUGGUCGCAGUGGAUCCUGGUUCUGGGAAGAUGGCUCCUCUCCUCUCUCUGACUUGUUGCCAGAAGAGAGACAGCUAUCAGCCAGCCAGAUCUGUGGAUACCUCAAAGAUCAUACUCUCAUCUCAGAUAACUGCAGUAGCUGGAAAUAUUUUAUCUGUGAGAAGAAGGCACUUGGAUCUUGCAUCUGAAAGAUACAACUCAAAGCUACCUCUGUUACACAAGUGUUUGAAAAAGGCCAAGGAGCAAAUGCAAGAGGAGAUUGGUGUGAGACCUAUG